AUGAAGAGAAUUCUUGAGUGUUACAAUGGCUUCCAAGGAGCUAAAGAGGUAAUAGAUGUGGGAGGUGGACUUGGAAUGUCAUUACCUUCUAUAAUUUCCAAGUAUCCAAACAUCAAGGGUAUUAAUUUUGACCUACCCUAUGUCAUCAAAGAUGCCCCUACUUAUGAAGAUCAAAUUAAGCUUCAGCUGCUCUUGCUUGCUACAUUAGGCGUAGAGCAUAUUGGAGGAGACAUGUUUAAGAGUGUUCCUCAAGGAGAGGAAGUACUUCAUAAUUGGGAUGAUGAAUAUUGUGUGAAAAUAUUGAAGAAUUGUUGGAGAGCAUUGCCAAAAGAUGGUAAAGUAGUGUUAAUUGAACAUAUACAGCCAGAAUAUCCAGAGACUGAUCUUCUCUCUAAGGAAACAUUUAGUAUGGACAUGUUAAUGAUGACUAUGUUUGAUGGUGGAAAGGAAAGAACAAAGCAACAAUUUGAAGCUUUGGCUAAACAAGCUGGAUUUACUGCUCUCAAAAUUAUGGCUAGAGCAUAUUAUUCUUGGGUCAUGGAAUUAUACAAGUAUUGA